AUGGCUUUAGAUGCUGUAACCAGAGAAUUGAAGCUCAAUAGAAUGGCUUUAGAUGCUGUAACCAGUCUAAUUAAAAUAGUAGAGCAAGACCUUAUGGAGCCCAAACUACUUUCGAUUUUUGAUGCUGGAGGAAUGAAGGUGUGGCUGCUCCAAACCAUCGAGUUGCUUUCUGCCAAGCUCUGCUUUCUGCAAGCAUUUUUGGAGGAGAGGUGUGAGGGGAAAAUGCAUAAUGGCUGGUUCUUUGAAUAUAAAGUUGCUGGAAUAUAUGACGAGUAUGAAAUAAAAUCUAAACUGGGACUAGUCUAUUCGGAAGCUAAAUGUGAACAUCUUCUAAGGACCUUGAAAGAAAUGGUAAGAGAAAUUGAGGACGUUGAAGAAGGGUUCCUGAUGAUAAAAGAAGGAAUUGAUGAGGGAGUUUGGGAUACCUACCAAAGUGCUUUAGAGCUUGAGAAUGAAGUAAUUGUAGGAUUCCACAUUGAUAUAAAGACGAUAGUUAACCGCCUCUGUUAUUCACACUUUAUGAGAUCAGUUUUCACCAUUUUGAGGAAAACUAACAUUCACAAGUUUCGGAAAUAUGUUGAAAACCCUGUGCUGAAACUACAAGUUAUGCCACUCGUUGGGGAAGGAGGCAUAGGAAAAACUACAUUAGCCAAAAGAGUCUAUGGACAUCCAACUACUAUUGCUAGCUUUGACAUUCGAGCGCGGGUAGUUUUGUCUCAGGUUCCUAACCUCAAAGAGAUUCUCAUUGGUUUAUUAAGUUGUAUUUUACAUAUAACAAGUGAAAUCUACACCCUAGACGAUGCUCAAAUAGGUGAGCAAUUAUGCACAAGUUUGAUGGGCAAGAAGUAUUUAAUUUUCUUGGAUGAUAUAUGGACCACUGCUGCAUGGGAUGCCAUCAAAGGAUAUUUUCCAGAGAAUUUUAGUGGGAGUCGAAUCUUGGUAACUACUCGGUUCACAAAGGUGGCUAAAUACUUAAGUGCAGAUCUCUACCAUGUGAAGUAUCAAACUUUAGAGAAUCGAUGGGAAUUAUUUUACGGAAAAGUGUUUAGGCAAAGCCAAUUCGUGGACUAUGAAGACAAGUUGAGCAAACUUCGGAUUGCGGAAAGGAUUGUUUAUGGUUGCAGUGGAUUACCACUAGAAGUUGUUGUGAUUGCAGGACUUUUAGCGGUAAACAAAGAGUCUGUAGAAAUAUGGAGAGAUGUUGAGGACACUUUGGAUGGAGUUGAUAGAUAUGAUAAUGAGGAUAGAAUUUCAAAAAUACUUUCAUUGAGCUACAACUACUUACCUCCACACUUGAAACCUUGCUUUCAUUAUUUUGGUGUGUUUCCUGAAGACAAUGUCAUUCCUGUUAAGAAAUUAAUCAACUUAUGGGUUGCAGAGGGAUUUUUAAUGCCACUUGAAAAUAUGAGUUUGGAAGAAGUGGCAGAAAGUUACUUGCAUGAUCUCAUUAAUAGAGGUUUAGUUCAAAUUAAUGAGCUAAGUAUUGAUGGUAGAGUUAAUUCAUGUAAGGUUCAUGAUCGAGUGCUCGAGGUCUGUGUGAGACAAGCAAUAAAUGGGAAUGCUUUGUGCAUUAUCAAUGACAACCAUGAUCCAAAUGCUAGUCAUUGGUUAAGCUGUCAAACAAGUCAUUGGCCUAUCACUCAAGCGAGUUAUGGAAAUUUCUCUCCCUAUAAAAUCUUUUCAGUUCUCUCCUUUGGUAAAGAUGUAUACCAUACCAAAUGCAGGUUAGUAUACCCAUGUUUGAAAUUGCUAAGAGUAUUGGAUUUAUCAUUUGUUAAAUGGUCACGAGGCAUGCCUAGUGAAAUAACAGAUUUGGUUCAUUUGAGAUACUUGGCUUUAAGUACCAUUGGUUCUCUUUACAAGCUUCGAUUUUUCAAGCUUAAAAAUUUACUAACUCUCAUUGUUACUUCAUGGAUGGAAAAAUGUCCUCUGAAAUUGCCAUGUGAUAUUUUGGGUUUGCCACAAUUGAGGCAUUUGCAUGUUGACAAGAGAUGUUCACAAUAUCUCCCUUGCUUAGUCAAAAACAAUCUACAAACUCUUUAUUGGUUGAAAGUUGCUAGCUCCGACGAAAAACCAAACUUCGGAAUGCUUCCAAACCUAAUCGAACUUGGGAUUUGCAUUGAAGGCCAAUUGGCGAAUAGCCAUCUAGGGAGCCUUGUGCAUUUACAUCUACUUGAGAAGUUGAAGUUUGAAGUAAGAAGGGUUGAGCGCUUUUGUCUUCCAACAGGUUUUCCACCAAACCUUAAGAAGUUGACACUUCGCUAUACUUAUCUUCCAUGGAAGGAGAUGGACACAAUUGGCAAGUUGCCGCACCUUGAGGUGCUGAAACUAAAAGAUUUCGCUUUUUGUGGCCCAACAUGGAAACCAUCGGAGCAGGGCUUUCGGGAAUUAAAGGCACUUCUUAUUUCACGAUCAAAUCUCAAACAUUGGGAUGCAAGUUCUAACCAUUUCCCAGUUUUAGAGCUUCUGGUCUUAAGAUAUUGUUGGGAAUUGAAACAAAUUCCAAUUAAUUUUGAAAAUAUUGGAACAUUGAAGUUAAUUGUCUUAGAAGGUUGUUACUCUUCUCUUGUGACCUCUGCAAAACAUAUUUCUUCCGCAAAAAAGUUAUGGUUUGAGGGAAAGGCAAAUUGUCCACUUCUUGUUCGUAAAGUUGGAACUAAGGUUGAAUUGCCAAAUGAUGAAAGUUUUGAAGAAGAAAUUGUAGUAAACUCUGAAGAAGAAAAUGUGGAAAGUGUGAAAAGCUUUGAAGAAGAAAGUGAGAAAAGUUCUGAAGAAGAAAGUGUGGGAAGGUAUAAAGAAUUAAGUGUUGGAAGCUCUGAUCAAGAAAGUUUGAAAGCUCGGAAGAGAGUGAUGAAAAAUCUGAAGAAGUGUCAAAAUCCCUGA